AUGUUGCGUUUCCAGCGGUUUGCGUCUUCAUAUGCACAAGCUCAAGCGGUUAGAAAAUAUCCAGUUGGUGGUAUAUUACAUGGCUAUGAAGUGAGAAGAAUACUGCCGGUUCCGGAGCUGAGGCUCACAGCCGUGGAUCUAGUACAUUCACAGACGGGGGCUGAGCAUUUGCAUAUUGACAGGGAUGAUAAGAACAAUGUAUUUAGCAUUGCAUUUAAGACCAAUCCUCCUGAUGCUACUGGUGUGCCUCAUAUCCUGGAGCAUACAACGUUGUGCGGAUCUGUGAAAUAUCCAGUUAGAGACCCCUUUUUUAAGAUGCUAAAUAAAUCUUUAGCUAAUUUUAUGAACGCUAUGACGGGUCCAGAUUAUACAUUUUUCCCCUUCUCCACAACAAAUCCUCAGGACUUCGCAAAUUUGAGAGGUGUUUAUCUAGAUUCCACUUUGAAUCCAUUGCUUAAGCAAGAAGAUUUUGAUCAAGAGGGUUGGAGGUUAGAACAUGAAAACAUUACAGAGCCGGAGAGCAACAUUGUUUUCAAAGGCGUUGUUUAUAAUGAAAUGAAAGGUCAAAUAUCUAAUGCCAAUUAUUAUUUCUGGAGCAAAUUUCAACAGUCCAUUUAUCCCUCUCUGAACAACUCUGGUGGAGACCCUAUGAAAAUCACAGACUUAAAAUAUAGCGAUCUCUUGGAUUUCCACCAUAGUAAUUACCAUCCUUCCAACGCAAAAACUUUCACAUAUGGUAAUUUACCAUUAGUGGAUACAUUGAAACAUUUAAACGAGCAGUUUUCUGGGUAUGGGAAAAGGAGAAGUAAGGAUAAGUUGUUACUUCCCAUCGUUUUAGACAAAAAUGUUGAUGUCAAGCUAGCAGGUCAAGUUGAUACCAUGCUUCCACCAGAAAAACAGAUGAAAUCCUCGAUGACAUGGAUAUGUGGAAGACCACAGGAUAUAUAUGAUACUUUUUUGCUGAAAGUGUUGGGGAAUCUGUUAAUGGAAGGUCACUCUUCUAUAAUGUAUCAAAAAUUAAUUGAAUCGGAAAUUGGUCUUGAAUUCUCGGUGAAUUCAGGUGUUGAGCCAACUGCAGCAGUGAACCUGUUAACCGUGGGUAUUCAAGGUGUAAGCAAUCUUGCAAGAUUCAAAGACACUGUAAAUGGUAUUUUUCAUGACCUGUUAGAAGCAGAACAUCCGUUUGACCGCAAGCGUUUUGAUGCUAUAAUUCAGCAAUUGGAAUUAUCUAAGAAGGAUCAAAAGGCGGAUUUUGGGCUUCAGUUACUGUAUUCCAUAUUACCUGGUUGGACAAACAAAAUUGAUCCCUUUGAUAGCCUGCUGUUUGAGGAAGUUUUGCAAAAAUUUAGAGAUGAUUUAGAAACUAAGGGUGACACUUUAUUUAAAAAUUUAAUUCGCAAGUACAUUGUGGAGAAACCGUGUUUUACCUUUUCUAUCCAAGGCUCCAAAGACUUUUCCAAGUCCUUGGAAGAUGAAGAGAAAACAAGACUAAAGAAAAAAAUUGCUACCCUAGAUGAACAAGACAAGAAGAAUAUUUUUAAACGUGGUGUACUAUUACAAGAGAAACAAAAUGAAAAAGAGGAUUUGUCGUGUUUACCCACCUUAAAAAUAAAAGACAUUCCAAGGAUGGGCGACGAAUAUUCCAUUCAAAAGAAAAAUAUAACAAUGUCUAGGGUCACUGAUACCAAUGGUAUUACAUAUAUCAGAGGUAAACGUUUGUUAAAUGACAUCAUUCCAUAUGAGCUCUUCCCAUAUUUACCACUGUUUGCUGAAUCGUUGACUAGCCUAGGAACAACGAAAGAACCUUUCAGUGAAAUAGAAGAUCAAAUAAAAUUGCAUACAGGCGGUAUAUCGACACAUGUGGAAGUCACAUCAGAUCCUAAUACUACUGAACCUCACUUGAUUUUUGGGUUUGACGGGUGGUCUUUAAAUUCCAAAAGCGAUCACAUUUUUGAGUUUUGGUCAAAACUCUUAUUAGAAACUGAUUUCCAAAAAAACAGUGAUAAAUUAAAGGUUCUGAUUCGCCUGUUAGCAUCUUCAAACACAUCUUCCGUGGCUGAUUCUGGCCAUGCAUUUGCGAGAGGUUAUUCUGCGGCCCAUUACAGAUCAAGCAGAGCUAUAAAUGAAACUCUGAAUGGUAUUGAACAAUUACAGUUUAUAAAUAAAAUGCACAACCUACUUGAUGAUGAAGAAACUUUCCAAAGAGAAAUAGUGGACAAGUUAACUGAAUUACAAAAGUAUAUUGUUGAUGCUAAAGACAUGAAGUUUUUUAUCACUACAGACUCUGAUGUUCAAGCGAAAAUAGUGGAAAGCCAGAUUUCGAAAUUCAUGCAGAAGUUACCUCAUAGUGACAGUUCGCUAAUCGGUCCAAAGACAUCCAACUAUCCUCUUAUUGAAUCAAAAGGUAAACCUACACUAAUCAAGUUCCCUUUCCAAGUUCAUUAUACAUCCCAGACCUUAUUAGGUGUGCCGUACACACAUAAGGACGGUGCUGCAUUGCAAGUUAUGUCUAAUAUGCUGACAUUCAAACAUCUACACAGAGAGGUGAGAGAGAAGGGCGGCGCAUAUGGCGGCGGAGCCUCCUAUAGUGCUUUAGCGGGUGUUUUUAGUUUCUAUUCUUACAGGGAUCCUCAACCUUUGAAUAGCCUAGAAACUUUCAAGAAUAGUGGACAGUAUAUACUGAACGAUGCUAAGUGGGGUGCGACGGACCUUGACGAAGCCAAGCUGACAAUAUUUCAGCAAGUAGAUGCACCUACAAGCCCUAAAGGUGAAGGUGUGAUGUACUUUAUGUCCGAUGUUACAGAUGAUAUGAAGCAAGUAAGAAGGGAGCAACUUUUGGACGUAUCUCUCCUAGACGUUCAUAGAGUCGCAGAAAAAUAUCUUUUAAACAAAAGAGGAGUGAGCACUGUAAUUGGACCUGGAAUCGAGGGCGUGACUGUCUCACCUAGUUGGGAGGUCAAGGAACUGUAG